GCAGUGUGCUACUCUAUUACCAUCAAAGCGACUGUCAAUAAGCGAAGAAGAACGCGACCUAAGCAAAAAUGGGAAAUGACAAGGGUCCUCUGGGCCAGCUGAAAGACCUGGUGGAGCUGAAGGAUCAGCUAGAGGACAUCCAGAAACGGAUGGAAGAUGAGAUUCAGGCCGGGGUCCCUGCUGGUGGCAGUCUACUGGCUUCACCCUUCCUGAAGGGUUUCCUGGCCGGCUAUGUGGUGGCCAGGUUCCGCUCAUCGGCGCUGCUGGGUGCCGUGGUCGGGACGUGCACUGGAAUCUAUGCGGCGCAGAACUAUAAGAUUCCUAAUGUGGAGAACACUGUUAAGGACUACAUCAACAGUCUGAAAGGAGGAAGUCGAUAAGAAACGAUACGACUGUCUGCUAUUUGUCUUCUGUCUCCUGUUAAAUGCACUCUUUUGGGACAAUCAAACUUCAUUGGUCUGCUUCUUUGCUUAUGCAGGAAUGUGUGUGUCUACAGAUGUUGGUUAAAGGUCAAUUUUUUUAAAGAAACACAUGGAAAGUCAUUGGUCAUUCAUAUAAAGAUGUGUGUACACAUUUUAAGUGUUUAUAUGAUGCGAUCUGACAGUUCUAAAGUUCACAAAAAAUGCGCCAAAGUAAAAAUGUAAGUGCCUUAAAGUGUGCUGUGCAAUAGACAUCCCGCUUGGGUUUUGUUUGCAUUUUAAUAUGCUGGAAUAGUCAAUAAUUGCACUUUUUGUUUGCUAUUUUGAGUUGAACGUGUUAUGAAAAUGUUAUAAACUGGACCUCAGACUUAUUCAGUUCCAAUUUUGCUGUGUUUUGCAUGCUGCCUUUGUAUGAAGAAAUAUUUUUAUGGUUUAGUUUUUUUGAAUUUCUCCCUGGGACCCAUAUAUCUAUUUCUAUAUUUCUGUUGAAAGUGGUCAGCUGGUUGACUCCAGUCAUCUCACUUUCAAAGUGCAUCUCACUUUUUUGUCAAUAAACGGGUAAUGUGAUCCGCC